AAUUAAAUAGAAAAAAAUCCUACUGCAUUACAAAACUGGUACACGAAAAUCUCAUAAGAAUGGCUACAUCGCAUGAACUUGGAAAGAUAGGAAUAAUAGGCAGCGGCUUAAUAGGACGUUUAUGGUCCAUGCUAUUUGCCUCAGUGGGCUAUCAGGUGAUGGUAUAUGACAUACUGCCUAAUCAAGUGGCCAAUGAUUUAAAAGAAACUCAAAAAGAACUCAAUAACUUGGAGUCAAAGGGGCUGCUUAGAGGCGAUUUAUCGGCAUCUCAACAAUUCUCAUGCAUUUCAGGAGUAAAUGAUCUUAACGAAUUAGUUAAAGAUGCAAUUUUAAUACAGGAAUGCAUACCAGAAAAUUUAGAUAUGAAGAUCAAUCUAUACCAACAGCUGGAUAAGAUCGUCGAAAACAAUACCAUAAUGUCUAGUUCUACAUCAACCUUUUUACCUUCCUAUUUUAGCAAGGAUUUAAAACAUCGGUCGAAUGUAGUGGUGGCCCAUCCUGUAAAUCCUCCUUACUAUGUGCCUUUAGUCGAAAUAGUACCCGCACCAUGGACUUGUCCAGAUGUUGUGACCAAAACUAGAGCCAUCAUGGAGCAUAUAGGACAAAAACCCAUUACAUUAUCACGUGAAAUUCCCGGUUUCGCUUUGAAUCGCAUACAAUUAUUGCUAGUCAAUGAAUGUUGGCGCUUGGUAGAAGAUGGCAUUCUGAAUGUGCCAGAUGUGGAAAGUGUUAUAUCCGAUGGUUUGGGAAUGCGUUAUGCCUUCUUGGGUGCCUUUGAGACGAUACAUUUAAAUGCGGAGGGAAUGCGUAGCUUUUUAAAACGUUAUGCUCAUGUCAUAGAUGAGAUAAACAAAAGUAUGGGUGCAACACCAAAAAUGGAAGGACCAACCGCAGACUUAGUUAUCGAUCAGUUGGAGAAAAUGGUGCCCUUGGAUAAAUUGCCCGAAAGAAGAGAGUAUCGCGAUAAUUGCCUUACACAAUUGGGUAUACUAAAGAAGAAAAUUAAUAAUGAAAAGUUGAGUCGCCUAAGUUAAUA